UUUCAGAUCCUGAAAACGCUGAAGCGGCCGACAUUCAACGCAAAUUAGAAAUGCUGAAUAACAUUAUGGAUCAAGAAGCCCGGGCCGAGCAAGCCAGGCGUCAAAUGCAAUACCUUGGCCACUCGGGGUAUUCGGAGGACAGCGACUACACAUCCGACCUGAACUACCCCGUUGGUCAACACCCCAAUUCGUCCGCGUCACAAUUUCGGUCCACCGUCAAUCAAAUGCACACACCGCAACAAUCCCUCGAAACGUCACGGGAAAAUUCGUACGAAAGGGAUGAUGGUACUAUGGUAAACCAUCAUUAUUUACCAACCCCUCCGACUCAUCACGACCAUCACCUGAGUCCUGAUGUGCCUACCAGGCACGCAUAUAGGAGCUACAACCAGGGAAUUUUUAGUGAGGCACAUCCAAUAAGAUAUCCUGAAAACGCUGAAGCGGCCGACAUUCAACGCAAAUUAGAAAUGCUGAAUAACAUUAUGGAUCAAGAAGCCCGGGCCGAGCAAGCCAGGCGUCAAAUGCAAUACCUUGGCCACUGUAAGUAG